AUGGCCUCUGGGGGUAGGAUUGUGUUCCAAAAGACACCCAUCCACCACAUCAUGGACACACUAAGAAUCAGCACUCAGCUAAAAGUACGGCAAUGUUCUCAAUGUCAGGGGAACACUGAUAGUUACUGUAACACAUGUAAACGUGAUCUGUGUUUACAGUGUAAAGAGAAACAUGUCAUUGAUCUAGAUACAAUAUACCAUCAUGUUGUGAUUUACCGUGAGAAGUUUAACUACAUUCCCAGACAAGAGAUCUGUGUCAAACAUCCAGACAGGUUCUAUAAAAAGUACUGUCAGUCGUGUGAACUUCCUAUCUGUUGCCGAUGUUUAGAGCACCAAAAACACCAAAUACUGGACAUUAGAACAGCCUAUCAAACAAAGCGACAACAACACAGACAAAUCAUUAACAACAUCAGAAAUGAGACUCUCUAUAGCUCUCUUGUUCUCCUGGCAGAAAUUCAAACUGAUAUAAAAAAAUGUCCCCCACAAAUAUGUCACCGUCAAUCACUGAUGUCAACAAAAGCCCAGAGACUGAAAUAUCUGAUUGACACUGCGGUAUGUGAUGCUAAAAGACGAUGCAGAGCUUUAUUGAUCGAUGUAAAACAACAACAGAAGAGAAAAAUGAAUAGACACCUCACCCACAUACAGAACUAUGAAGACAUAUAUGAACAAUCAGCAAACAAAGCGGUACAAUUCCUCUUGUUUAUAAAGACCAGUCGUGUACCCCAGAUAAAGGACACCCCUAAUAUUCCACAACACCUGCUGCUGUCCCUGACUGAGGGAUUCAACUUGGAGGAUGUCAGUCAGUUAUUGAGGGGAAACCCCGAAAUCGAAACGUCAACAGGAAAACGACAAGUAGAAAUAUACUCGUUUGUAAAACUGACGUCCACACCUGUAUUACACACCUCUGUCUGUGUGGAAGGUGCUCGUAAUGUGUUACACAUAUCUCGUGUGAUGUUAGACCGGGUGUGGGUCUCUUAUCAAUUCAAUCUCAUUUUGACAGACACAACAGGAGACACUAUUCACCGUUUGACAGAGGUAACACCAUUCUUUACAGGAAUUCACACAGUGAAUAGUUCUUGUGAACUGAUUUAUAUAGACAGUGAUUGUAACAUCAACAAACUGUCAGCGGACAAUAAAGCAGUCACCACACUGGUAGAGAGUACCUCACAAUGGAUGCCACAAUGUGUGUACUGCUCCCCGUCCACUGGAGAUCUGAUGACCGGCAUGUCUAAAAUUAAUACAAAGACAGCCAAGGUAACCCGGUACAACAGUAGUGGUCAACACAUCCUGACUAUACAGCAUGACAACAAACGCCGUACGCUCUAUAGGCUUCCUUUUUAUAUCACAGAGAAUAAGAACGGUGAUAUGAUUGUGUCUGACAGUAACCGUGUAGUGGUGACAGAGCGCGGGGGGAGACAUCGAUUUUUCUACACAGGACCUCCAUCGGAACCAUUACUACAACCACGUGGAAUCUGCACAGACGCGCUGUCGCACAUCAUGGUGUGUGAUCCUAACACCCACACAGUACAUAUGAUUGACAAGGACGGCCACUUCCUGUCUCUGUUAUUGACACAACAACACGGGAUAAACAUACCAUGGAGCCUGAACUAUGAUGAUAAAACUCACCUUCUCUGGGUCGGGUCAGCCCUCAACAACAUGGUGUCUGUAUAUAGAUAUAUACAGACGAGGUACUCUCUGACUGAUAAUCCAGAGGAAGAUGAAGAGAUCAUUAAAACUUAAAGUUAUGAGGAAGAUCAGAAAUCUGAAACAGAGCUGGAAAUCAAUGAAGAGUCCGAGUCUGAAGAAAACAGUGAUGAUCUAAAGUCUGAGGAUAACAGCGAGGAACCUGACCCUGAAGAUGAGGACACUGCUGAAUCAGGGACCAUUGAAAAUAAUGAUGUAGAGGAAAGCGGCGAUGAUAAAAAAUUAGAGACCAGUGAGAAUAAAGAUGAAUAAGGUAUCUGGGUAACUAAAUUGACUCUGAUAGAAAGGACUAAGUCCAAUAUGUGUCAUAUCUGGUCCUGCAAUCAAAGUAUAGUUAAUGUCACCUGAGUGUAUUUCUCUUUUAGAAUUUCACACAAUGAAGUUCGUG